CCCAACCACUCCUCCCCAGUCCCGUCCCCUCCCUCUCGAGCGAGCGGGCGAGCGAGCCAAGGCGACAAAAAUCCAAGCUGCAGCGCACGCUCCAGCAAUCCGAACCCACCCAACCACCGCACGCCCCGCGGAUCCUCCUCGUGCUCCGCUCGCGAUCUGCCUCCGCCCGAACCCAACCACCUCCUCGCCGGAGAUGCGCUCCCGGUGAUCCGGAGGGAGGACGGGAGCGAUGAGGUGCAAGCUCCACCCGUACGCGAACGCGCUCGGGGUGUGCGCGCCCUGCCUCCGCGACCGCCUCCUCGUGCUCGCCGCCGAGCGCGACCGGGCCGGGGCCGGGGCCGACUGCAGCAGCAGCAGCAGCAGCCGGGGCAGCUCGCCCACGCGCGUCGCCGCCGCCCCGGCGCAGCAGCACCGGCGCUCCGACGCCUGCGCGUACACGUCGUCCCGCCACAGCAACAGCCACCGCCCCGAGCUCCUCUUCUUCAGCACGCCGCAGGUCGGCCCCGCCACCCGCGCCGCGGACGACGAGCCCCGGGAGAGCGAGCGCAAGAAGUCCUUCCACCGGAGGCGGUCCUUCCUGGCGGCGCUCUUCGGCGGCGGGCGGCGCGGCGGGCGGGAGGAGGAGAGCGAGGGCAAGAAGGACCCGCCCCGGCGGUCCACGUCGUGGCUGUCGGCCAUAGUCCGGCGCAAGCGGAGGCCGGACGCGCCGUCAUCGUCGCUGCCGCGGCCGGCGGACGAAGAGCCCGAGUCCCCAGGAGGCAGCACGAGCAGCAGCUGGUGGUUCCCGUCGCCCUCCCCGGCCAGGCACCACCAGCGGCGCAGCAGGCCCGGCGGAUCAGGCGCCAGCGGCGACGGGAUCUCGGGGUUCGCGGUGUGCCUGAGCCCGCUGGUCCGCCCCAGCUCGGGCGGUCCUCGGCGGCGGUGCCAGCAGCCGGACCCGUCGACCCUGGGCGAGAGCCACCGGCGGCACCUGUCGGCCAGCAGCGCGGCGUCCUUGGGGCGCAACACCUCAAGGAAGCUGGCCGACAUGGGCAGGUUCCGGUGACGCACCCGCCGCACCGGUCCGGCCGGCGAACCGCCUCCUCUUUUCCCCCGUCAGAAACAAAAAUCGUCAUCUUGUUGUCCUCCCGCAAAAUUUGACCUUUUGCUGAUGCCAUGCGCUGUCCCUACUCGGUGGGGUGAGAGAAGAGAGAAAGAUAAUGGAAUCAACCCAGCCGUUUUGUUUUUCAGUUUCUUGUUUGAACAUAGCAGCUCCGCUGGCUUGUGUCAAUUGCGACGACCUGGGCGGCCAGGCCCAGCUCAGCUCAGGUCGCCUCAUUUCUUUUGUCUGAACGUGUGUUCUCUGACCUCUGA